AUGCAGGAAGUUCACCACGCUGUGCCAACUGCGGCGGCGUUUAUUCACAAAGAUUUUUAUGUAGACGAUGGAAUGAAGUCUAUACCUACCGCUCAAGAGAUGAUCUCGCUGAUAAAUACCACCCAAGGCGUGAGUGCCAACGCAGGACUGAAACUCCAUAAGAUAACGUCCAACGAGAACGAAGUCAUUGAAGCGAUCCCCGUAGAAGAAAGAGCCAAAGGAGUUAACGAUAUAAAUCUAGAAACAGAUCCACUGCCUGUAGAAAUUGCUUUGGGGAUAACCUGGUGCUUGCCUAAUGACAGCUUCCAGGAUCGACUGUUCACCCGUCGUGGCAUCUUGUCGUGAGCUCAAUCUAUGAUCCCAAUCCAUUUGUCGCGCCGGUGAUGCUGAAGAGAAAGCAAAUCCUCCGGCAAAUGUGCAAGGAAGGAUUAGGGUGAGACAGCCCAAUUCCCGAUAACCUACAUUCAGCAUGAGAAAAAUGGCGAAGGGAGAUUCUGCAGAACUUGGGUCAACUUCAAAUCUUCCAAUCCAUCAAGCCAAGGUUCUUUGGCAAGGUCGAAAGAAGAGAAUUGCAUCAUUUUUCUGACGCCGGCGCCAGUGAAGGAGGCUACGGUCAGUUUUCAUACCUGAAACAAGUGAACGAGCAAGGCAAAGCACAUUGUGCUUUGGUAAUUGGAAAGGCUCAAGUAACACCUAUCAAGCUGGUAACGAUGCACAGGCUGGAACUAACGGCAGCAACAGAUUCUGCUAAGAUGAGUGAAUUCCUGAAAACCGAACUCUCCUUUGAGAACAUAGCAGAAUUCUUUUGGACGGAUAGCAAGAUCAUGCUUGGCUAUGUCAACAGUGACGCGAAGAGAUUUCAAGUAUUCGUAGCGAAUAGGGUCCAGUAA